CCUUAACCCUAGUUUCCCCUAAUGUAGUGUUCGCGAUGGCCCGAAAGAAGGCCUCUCUGGCGCCAGCGCCGGCGGUGGCGGUGGCGGAGAAGGAGGAGUCGCACUCACCGCCACGAGAUGCCUCACCGGACAAGAUGGAGAGCCUUAAGACUCUCAACCACCUCCUUGUUAAGGAGACGGUGGAGCUGCGGCAGCAGGUGGCCCACCUCCGGUCCCGCCUCGAUGGCCUCUCCGACGACCACGCCUUCGUCGCCGGCGUCGAGCGCGACGUCAGCCUCCUCAUCCUCUCCUCCGGCCUCGCCGAGCGGGAGGCCGCAGUGCGGCGGGUGGAGGCCGACCUCCGAUCGCUGGCGGGGGCGGAGGAGCGGGUGAGGUCGCUGCAGGCGAUGGUGAAUUCGAUGGAGGAAGAGCUGAGGGGCAGCGGGGAGAGAUUGGAGAUGGUGGCUGGAGAGAGGGAUGAGAUGAAGAAGGCUCUGGAUCUUGCCCUAUCGGAAAAAGAUUCGAACUUGAUGGAUCUUGAUCGAAAGGAGAAGGACCUGAGGGUUCUGGAAGCCAAUGUCAGGGACCUGGAGAUUGGUAUAGCUGAAGCCGGAGCAAAUCUUGGGAAGUUAGAGUUUGAGCGCAAUGAUCUUGUGGAACAGGGGAAGAAGAGGGAAGAAACCAUCCAUUCUCUUCUCCAGGAGAAGGCUUCCAUGGAAACCAGCCUCGACGAAUAUCGGCAGUUGGUAGAAUGUGUUGAAGAAGUGAUCAAGAUUAAGCAAGAAGAGGUAGAGAUGGUGAAGGCCAAGGAAGAGGCGAUUGCUGCAAAGGUAUCUGCUUUGGAAGCAGAGCGUCAAAGCGUUGUUGAGAACCAUCAAAUAUUGGAGGCUGAGGUUGGUGGUUUGAAGGCUGCUAUUUAUUCAAUGAAGAUAGGAGAAGAAGGGUUGCGGAAUGAAAUUGCCGAGAUGGAAAAGAAGAAUGUUGAGGUCACAGAGGAGCUGCUUUCUGAAGUUUCCAAGAAGGAGGCUGUUGUUGCAAAAGUAUCGACUUUAGAAUCAGAGCUUCGGAGGCUUUCGGAUAACAAUUAUAGGCUGGAAGCUGAGCUCAAUAACUCUAAAUCUGCUGCUGAAUUGCUGAAGGAGGAGGAGGAAGGGUUGCGGUCUCAAGUUGUGGAGACGGAGAAGAGGAAUGAAAAGGUUACAGAGGAGCUCGAGAGGCUUCAGGCAGAGUUGGAUGCUGUGGAGAAGGAGAAGGUAGGAAUUCUGCUUGACUAUGAGGAACAGAUGAUGGCGUAUGUGAAGGAGCUGGAUGGUCUGAGGACCAGGAUGGGGGAGAUUGAAAGGGAGAAGGAUGCAAUUGAGGGAAUGAGGGCUGUCCAGCAGUCUGAAAUCGAUACUCUGCAGAAAGAGUUGCAGCAGUUCCGAUUAACUGUUCGUGAGUUGCAAGUUCUGUGCAAUGACUCCACCAACACAAACACCCAAUUGCAGGCUGAGAGGGAUUCUAUUUGGAGAGACCUCGAUGUUCAGAAGGUGGAAGAAGGAUGCCUGAGAGUGCAAAUUGAGGAGUUGCAGAAGAGGAACAAUGAGUCUGAAGAGGAGAUGCAGCAGCUUCGGAGAGCACUCGGUGACUUUGCUCACAAGGAGGAGGAAUGGAAGGUGCAAUCUGAUGUCCUGAAGGGAGAAAAAGCUUCAAUUGAGAAGAAACUGAUAACUGCUCGGCAGAGUCUUGAGGAUAUGGACAGAAAGUUCCGAGCUGCCUGUACGAACUCUCAGAGGGCUCUUUCCCUUCUGAAGGAUACCACAGAAAUGAUGCAUGGAUUAGUUGAAGGAAAAAAGAAUAAUGCCGAGCGGAGUAUUGGUAAUGAGGAAGAGAAGGAUGAGGAGAUGGAGCCAUUUGUGAAAGAGUUGGAGGCCAUCAAGAUGGCCUUUAAGGGUAGGGUGGGGAAGAUUGAGGACAUGAGCAGGGAGCUUAAGGUCUUGCAGGAUGAAGUGGCCAAGGCUCAGAAGAAGGGAGGACUGCAGAGAUGGCUGUAUCCUGCUACAACCACCGUUCUUGCUGCCAUCUCCUUUGCCUAUGCGGCCAGGGGACGUUAACCUUUUGAUAUCAGUUCAAGCUCUUGCAGUUUUGGUACCAAAUUUUGUUUUGCAUGUUUUGUUGAUACCACAACUCGUAAUCAAAGUUGGGUUGCUUUGAGUUGGUGAUUAUCUAUCAGUCUGAUGUAAAACCUAAUAUUUUGAUCUGCAAUGAGCCGAGUUUCUAUCCAAUUUUCUC